AUGUCAGUUGGAACUGUCUGCGUCACCGCUGGUUUAACGGGUCUUUUAAGUUUUGUGUUUCUGGCGGUAGCGAUAGGUACGGAUUAUUGGUACAUCAUCGACGUCUCAAACUCCAGAUAUAACUAUGGGGAGCAUUGGGAGGAUUUAAACUCUCACUCUGGACUCUGGAGAAUUUGCGAAGGUAAAAAUGCUUGCAUUGCUUUAAUAGACCCUUUUGGGGAAGAGAAUGAGAGUGUACCUGAAUCACAACGUCACUUACUGUUUAUGCAGAAAGUGUUUGUCAUUUUGCUCCCUCUAAGCCUGGUUCUCCUGGUGCUUGGAGGUAUCUGUGGGCUGGUCAGCUCUUUGGCACAUGGUCUGUACAUGCUGCUGUUCACUGGUUCAUACUUUCUACUUGGAGGUGCAUUGACCUUGGCUGGGAUCUCUGUAUACAUCGCUUAUUCAAAAGCAGCCUUCGCCAUUGCCAUGAGUUUGUACGGACACAAGUUGUUUGAUAAUGUUUACAUUGGUUUCAGUUGGUCCAUGGGUCUGGCCUGCCUUUCUUGUGUCUUAGAGGUCAUUGCUGGGGCUUUGUUUCUUCUGGCUGCCAAGCUCACUGCUGUACAGCUAUGUGAGCAGUCAGCAACCAUAUGA